AGGAAUGAUGAGGUAGUCAGGGACGAUUUCGGACACAGCCCUAGUGAGAAAUUGUGCAUGCAGCAUCUCUCCUUAGCCAAUAGAGGGCGCCACUAUACGAACAACGGGAGCUUCAAGGUAGCAACCUGCUUCACACACGGUAAUUCACCCAGCCAUCGUCACGCGCCGGCCUGCCACCGCAUCUCGACGAAAAAAACCCACGAGAUAUCUAAAUUAUCUCGUUAUAAGCCUACGGACAUUGUAAGCCAGAGAUAUUAAAAUAAUGCUUCACGCCAUCCCGCAUCUCCGCCGGAAGAGGAUCUGCCUUAUUUCUCUGUGAUGUCUCCGCUGAAGGUGAGGAAUGGAUAAUAUGCGGCGAUUUCAGCUGAGAAUAACGUGAUCAUCGCUGGAUUUUCAUCUGGAUUUUACCUUAAAAUGUCAUCCAGCAUCCGCACAGGCCUUUGUUCGCAACGACAAUAAUGAUUUUUACCUCAUAUGUAUCACCGUAAUGCUCUUUUAUUACGAUAAUUACAUCACCUCACACAGACAGGUCAAAUGAACUAACGCGCAAAAGCUCUUUUGUCUGGUCGCGGGUGCGCGCACUCGAAGAGCGCACUCGCUCGAUCAAAUUCAUCAAUCAAUCGCCUCAUUCGCGCUUUGACGCGCGUGGAAUGCGUCGCGUCUGACACGGGCAUUUUCGCGAGGAUCGAUGGAGCCGUUCCUGCAGAUCGCGCCGCACUCGCUGGCGAUCGUGCUGUCGCGCGUUGUGGCGGAGGACGCUCGCGGGGUGACGGAGAGCGAGGAGCCGCCGCACCAUCACACCGGCUAUGAAAUAUUCGCCGAUUUUAAGUCACUGAACAUGAAAUAUUUUUGGAAUAAGAUGGUGGCAGAUGCCAUAGCCGAGGUCUUCUUCUUGGGCUGGAUAGACGAGCAUGUGUUAUUGAUCCAAGGGAAGGAGGAUCACCUGGAGGUGUUGAGAGAGGCUUGGAUGAGGAGGUCCCUCAAACCCCCGCAUGGAUUUGACAUCAAAUACCUUGGAAACAUGGAUUGCCAGUGGUGUGAUCCUGUGAUGGACACUUUAAUCAAUUUUACUGUUGAGUGAUGCAUUCAAACACUUUCUUUAUCUUUAGCUGUAAGACGAUCACCUGAAACCUGAAACCUACUUGAGAUCCUUAAGGCAGAAGAUGCACAUGCUUGGUUUUCUUCUUAAAGGUGCAGGGCUUCAGUUUUGUGUUGGCCCAUCUUGUGGUCUGAUAAGGUUUGUGUUGGUCGGUUUGUGAAUUUCAUUGGUGAUGUGAAGUUUUUGAAGUUGUGUAACAGAGUGACACAAGUUCUGUCCUCGCCUCUUCAUCAGGACCAUCAAUGUUCGGCUCCAUUAUUCAGGUUAACUAGUGCAGAAAGCUACUGUCCCAUAUUCAGGCCCACGGACACACAAGAGAACAGCAGCAUUCUUUAUCUGAACGUAGCCAUUACUCCCACUGCAGUUCAGUAGUAUUAUGGGAUGGAUCUGUGUAUUGUGGGUUGCUCUUAACUGGCAGUAGGCAAGAGGAACGAGUCUUUAGCCUUUAAUAAACAACAGAUU